AAAAACCAUGUACCUUUCUCAUCUUAGAAUCAUCAUCACCGUCUAUAUCAUCCACCAUCUGGUAUUCACAGGCACCGGUGACUCGCCUGUCCAAUAUUACUCGGUGGAUGACAUCGCCAUUAACUGUGGCUCCUCUGGUAGUUCAUCUGCUUUUGAUGGUCGGGAAUGGAUCGGAGAUAUGGGCUCAACAUUUACUUCACCAAAAGAAGCAAAACCCAUAUCAGUAAUUUCAUCAGCAACAGUCCACCAAUCACUUUUUGCCGAUUCUAUUCCCAACCUGACCGCCCGGAUCUCUCAUGCUCAGUUCACCUAUACAUUCCAACUCAGGCCAGGUCAAAAAUUCAUUCGCCUACUCUUCUAUCCAGCUUCAUACCCUGGUUUUGAAACAUCCAAGGCACUUUUUAAUGUUAAAGCAGGUCAGUUUACCCUCCUCAACAGCUUCAGCCCUUCCAUUACUGCUGAUGCUUUGGGUGUAAGUUAUUUUGCAAAAGAAUUCUGUGUGAACAUCGAAGAAAAUCAAGUGUUCCACAUAACCAUUACUCCGUCUAAAAGUACCAGUUAUUUUGAUGUUUAUGCUUUUAUCAACAGAAUUGAGAUCGUCUCCAUGCCCGCCGGUCUUUAUUACACUGCCAAUGGUGAUUUGGGUGCUUUUCUUGUUGGCAACAAGUUCCGAUUCUGUAUUGAUAACGGCACCGCGUUAGAGAUGGUUCAUCGCUUAAAUGUAGGAGGGAGAUCCAUUUUGUCGGUAGAAGAUUUUGGCAUGUUCCGCAUGUGGUCUGAAGACAAGAAAUACUUGUUACAAUCAAGUCUUUUACGAGUGAGUACAAGCAAUAUGAUCACAUACAAAAACAUGCCCACAUACGUUGCACCAUUUAAAGUUUAUCAAACAGGUUGGUCAACAGAUUCAAACCAACUAACAAACCAAGCGUACAACUUCACAUGGAAUUUACCAGUUGAUUUGGGAUUCAGAUAUCUGGUUAAGCUCCAUUUUUGUGAGCUUCAACCCAUGAUUACUGACAGCAGUCAAAAACAGUUUGAUCUCCUAUUAAAUAAUAAGAUGGUUGAGAUUGAUGCAAAUGUCAUCAAAUGGAGCGGUGGAAAUGGGGUUGCAAUAUAUAGGGACUAUGUGGUCAUGAUGGAAGGAGACCGAAUGGAGUGCCGGCGUGAUCUAAUCAUAACUUUGCAGCUCAAGUAUGUGUCAAGCACGAAAAAAAUUGACCCGAUCCUAAAAGGUAUUGAGAUAUUUAAGUUGACAAAUCCGGACAACAAUCUCGCCUGUGCAAAUCCUGUUUUCAGAACACAUGCUUCAAGACCUAGAAUCCCAAAACUCCAAAGAAUACUUUCGGCUUUCAGCAGCAUAAAUUUCAUCGUAACAGGUGCAAUACUCAUACUCACUCUAUUAAAUUUCAUUGUCUACCAUUUAAAUAUUUUGCAAUCAAACUCUAGCAAAAUUAAUAUCUUGUCAUCAUUGGAUGAGGAGGAGUUGCACCGUCACUUCUCACUUCUUGAGAUCCAGUUGGCCACCAACAACUUUGAUGAUGGACUAGUCAUUGGUAAAGGUGGAUUUGGUAAUGUGUACAAGGGGCUCAUCAACAAGACAAGGUGUGUUGCCAUAAAGAGGCUGAAUUUGCAAUCCAAACAAGGGGCUCAAGAGUUUUGGGCUGAGAUCAACGCCCUUUCCGAUCUUCGGCACAAUCAUCUUGUCUCUUUGAUUGGCUACUGUGAUGAUUGUCUGGAGAUGAUCCUGGUCUACGACUACGAGUACAUGGCCCAUGGGACCCUUGCUGACCAUCUCCACAAAGGCAGUAGAAAUGGUAGUGGUGACAUUCCUCUUUCCUGGGAACAACAACUCAACAUCAGUAUUGGUGCUGCACGCGGGUUGGACUUUCUGCAUACGAGUAGCGGUGCCCACCAUGGAAUCAUACACCGUGAUGUGAAGAGCUCAAACAUUUUGUUGGAUGAAAAUUGGGUAGCUAAGAUUUCUGAUUUUAGGUUGUCAAAACUGGACACUGCAAACGCAUCGCGCACCCACAUUAGCACCAAUGUAAAAGGCACAUUUGGGUAUCUGGAUCCAGAGUAUUUCAUGACUAGAAGACUAACUAAGAAAUCAGACAUAUAUGCCUUAGGUGUGGUGUUGUUCGAAGUAUUGUGUGGGAGGAGGGCUGUGGAUUUAACACUUGAGGAUGAGCAGCAUAGUCUAGCCCUCUGGGCCCCAAACUGCAUCCGGAAAGGAAAAAUUGAUCAACUCAUUGACCCCAGUAUGAAGGAGCAAAUCUCACCUUAUUGUUUAAGAAGGUUUGUUAAAAUUGCCAACAAAUGCUUACAUGAUCAACCAAAUGAACGGCCUACAAGGGCUGAAAUAGUGGCAAGACUCGAUUUAAUUACAUCGGAGUUGCACAGGAGGGCUGACUCAUCCAAACAAGGGGCUCAAGAGUUUUGGGCUGAGAUCAACGCCCUUUCCGAUCUUCGGCACAAUCAUCUUGUCUCUUUGAUUGGCUACUGUGAUGAUUGUCUGGAGAUGAUCCUGGUCUACGACUACGAGUACAUGGCCCAUGGGACCCUUGCUGACCAUCUCCACAAAGGCAGUAGAAAUGGUAGUGGUGACAUUCCUCUUUCCUGGGAACAACAACUCAACAUCAGUAUUGGUGCUGCACGCGGGUUGGACUUUCUGCAUACGAGUAGCGGUGCCCACCAUGGAAUCAUACACCGUGAUGUGAAGAGCUCAAACAUUUUGUUGGAUGAAAAUUGGGUAGCUAAGAUUUCUGAUUUUAGGUUGUCAAAACUGGACACUGCAAACGCAUCGCGCACCCACAUUAGCACCAAUGUAAAAGGCACAUUUGGGUAUCUGGAUCCAGAGUAUUUCAUGACUAGAAGACUAACUAAGAAAUCAGACAUAUAUGCCUUAGGUGUGGUGUUGUUCGAAGUAUUGUGUGGGAGGAGGGCUGUGGAUUUAACGCUUGAGGAUGAGCAGCAUAGUCUAGCCCUCUGGGCCCCAGACUGCAUCCGGAAAGGAAAAAUUGAUCAACUCAUUGACCCCAGUAUGAAGGAGCAAAUCUCACCUUAUUGUUUAAGAAGGUUUGUUAAAAUUGCCAACAAAUGCUUACAUGAUCAACCAAAUGAACGGCCUACAAGGGCUGAAAUAGUGGCAAGACUCGAUUUAAUUACAUCGGAGUUGCACAGGAGGGCUGACUCUUAUAUAGAGCAAGAGAUUAUCGAUGUUGGUGGAACUUGCAACGAGUCUAUUGAUGGGAGUAUUUCAUCUGAGAAUUCUCUAUCAAUGUCUGGGCAUUACAGUAUACACCCUAUAGAGGUAAUAAAUGAAAACAUGGUGGUGGAGAGUAUUUCACAUGGACCAACUAAGAAUACCGAAUUUUGGAAACAAAAGAAGGAUUACGAUUCUAGUCGCAGACCAUCGUCAGGGUGGAGGGUUUGGGACACGCUUUGGCAUAGAUAAAGAGGAAAGUGGCCAACAAACAAAGCAACCAUUCCUUCAAUGAUAAAUGCUAAUCCACCGCCUUCAAUGACAAGUGCUUAUCCACAGCCAAAAGUAUAUUGUCGUCGCUUCUCAGUAGCAGAUAUUCAAGCUGCCACAAACAACUUCAAUGAUUGCUUCUUAAUCAGAAAGGGUUAUGAUAGGACCAUUUAUGCGGGUUUUAUCCAAGAAAUGAGGAAGGUUGCUAUCAGUCGAUUCAAUUGGAAAAGUAAUACACCAGAUCAUUGGUCUAUCAGGCAGUAUAAUAGAUUUUGCAUGGACUUGGAGGUGCAGUCCGAACUUCGAUGCAUCAACAUCGUGUCCUUGGUUGGGUACUGCUAUGAUGGGGAUGAAAUGAUCUUGGUGCACGAAUACAUGGCAAAUGGGAGCCUAUCCGAUCAUCUUCACAAUACCAGCAAUGAUACUCAACAUCUCCCAUGGAAGCAGAGGCUCCAAAUCUGCAUCGGUGUGGCACAAGGACUGAACUACCUUCACAGAGGUGUGGAGCAGAAAAUUAUCCAUGUAGACAUAACUCCGUCCAAAAUUCUCUUGGAUGAAAACUGGGUUGCAAAGAUUUCAAAUUUCAAGUUAAGCAUGUUGGUUCCCAAGGACGGCUCAUUAGCCCCCUCAAAAGUUUUGGGUACAUAUAACUAUAUGGCUCCAGAGUAUGCGCAACAUGGGCAAGCAAUGGAAAAAUCUGAUGUGUACUCUUUUGGCGUGGUGUUGUUUGAAGUUUUGUCGGGAAGGCAAGCAUUUAAAAUGGAAUUCCAGAUUCUGGGAGAGACUCUAAGGGAGUUGCUCCUGGAUUGCAUAGAAAUGGAAUUACUUGAACAGAUCAUUGAUCCAUAUCUCACCGGGAAUACUAUAUCGCUUCUUUGCUUGAAUGCGUUUGUGCAGAUUGCUAGGAAGGAAAUGCAUAUCUGAGAUAGAAACCGAACGCCCUCAAAUGAAUGAUGUUGUGCGCCUACUCAAGCAUGCUUUGGAACUGCAGGAAUUUACUGAUGGUGCAUUGUUGAAUGAGGGACGAGUACAAGAGAGUCAAGUGACCAACCAUAGUUCACAUUUGCAGGACUUCGAGCUUUCUGGCCCGCGCUGAACAACUUAUUAUGUUCUUGUAAGCUUAAUAUAGAUUGGAUUCCAUUAUUUAACAAAUAAAUAUGCCAUCGGCGAAAGUUUGUACCUGAAGAACUUUGAUGGUAAUUUCUUCAAGAGAAGCACAUGUACCAUUGUUGUGACUUCUACCCAGGAAAUGAUUUAACUAUGUAAUAGAAGCACAUGUGACAAUAUUUCUGAAUUCAAAGAAUAUGAAACUAUCUAGACAAUU